GAAGCGCCGCGCUCCCGGCCGCCGGCGCCGCGCCGUCCAGGAGGCCAAGCAGUGCAGACAAGUUGGGAUCAGCAUGGCGGACCCCAGCGAAAGCCCCCACACAGGGCCUGCGGAGGUGGCCGAGCCCCCCGGGGAUGAGAAUGGCAUACUUGGUGGGGAGGCCUUCCCUCUCUCUUCUCUGGCCAACCUGUUUGAGGGGGAGGACGGCUCCCCCUCGGCCUCAGCGGCUGAUGCUGGGCGCCCCUCCGGCCCAGGCGAUGGGCGGCCAAACCUGCGCAUGAAGUUCCAGGGUGCCUUCCGGAAGGGGGUACCCAACCCCAUUGACCUGCUGGAGUCCACCCUGUACGAGUCCUCAGUGGUGCCCGGGCCCAAAAAGGCACCCAUGGACUCGCUCUUUGACUAUGGCACCUAUCGUCACCACCCCAGUGACAACAAGCGGUGGAGGAGGAAGGUCAUGGAUCUCUGCCUGUCUCUCUUACUGCAGCUCCAGCCAUCCACAGGGAAGACUUGCCUGCCCAAGGCCCUGCUGAACUUGAGCAACGGUCGGAACGACACCAUCCCUGUGCUCCUGGACAUCGCGGAGCGUACUGGCAACAUGCGCGAGUUCAUCAACUCGCCCUUCCGGGACAUCUACUACCGAGGUCAGACCGCCCUCCACAUCGCUAUUGAGCGCCGCUGCAAACAUUAUGUGGAGCUCCUCGUGGCCCAGGGAGCUGAUGUCCAUGCUCAGGCCCGAGGCCGCUUCUUCCAGCCGAAGGACGAGGGAGGCUACUUCUACUUUGGUGAGCUGCCCCUGUCACUAGCUGCCUGCACCAACCAGCCCCACAUCGUCAACUACCUGACGGAGAACCCCCACAAGAAGGCGGACAUGCGACGGCAGGACUCCCGUGGCAACACGGUGCUGCAUGCGCUGGUGGCCAUCGCGGACAACACUCGCGAGAACACCAAGUUCGUGACCAAGAUGUACGACCUCCUGCUGCUCAAGUGUGCCCGCCUCUUCCCCGACAGCAACCUGGAGGCCGUGCUCAACAACGACGGCCUCUCGCCCCUCAUGAUGGCUGCCAAGACUGGCAAGAUUGGGGUCUUUCAGCAUAUCAUCCGCAGGGAGGUGACCGAUGAGGACACCAGACACCUGUCCCGUAAGUUCAAGGACUGGGCAUACGGGCCUGUGUAUUCCUCGCUCUACGAUCUCUCCUCCCUGGACACGUGUGGGGAAGAGGCCUCCGUGCUGGAGAUACUGGUCUACAACAGCAAGAUUGAGAACCGCCAUGAGAUGCUGGCCGUGGAACCCAUCAACGAACUUCUGCGUGACAAAUGGCGCAAGUUCGGAGCUGUUUCCUUCUACAUCAAUGUAGCCUCCUAUCUGUGCGCUAUGGUCAUCUUCACCCUUACUGCCUACUACCAGCCACUGGAGGGCACUCCGCCAUACCCUUACCGCACCACGAUGGACUACCUGAGGUUGGCGGGCGAGAUCAUCACGCUCUUCACGGGGGUCCUGUUCUUUUUUACCAAUAUCAAAGACUUGUUCAUGAAGAAAUGCCCUGGAGUGAAUUCUCUCUUCAUCGAUGGCUCCUUCCAACUACUCUACUUCAUCUACUCCGUGCUGGUGAUUGUCUCGGCGGCUCUCUACCUGGCGGGGAUUGAGGCCUACCUGGCCGUCAUGGUCUUUGCCUUAGUUCUGGGCUGGAUGAAUGCCCUUUACUUCACCCGUGGGCUGAAGUUGACGGGGACCUAUAGUAUCAUGAUCCAGAAGAUCCUCUUCAAAGACCUGUUCCGCUUCCUGUUGGUGUACUUGCUCUUCAUGAUCGGCUAUGCCUCAGCCCUGGUGUCCCUCCUGAACCCGUGCGCCAACAUGAAGGUGUGUGACGAGGACCAUACCAACUGCACGGUGCCCACGUACCCCUCGUGCCGUGACAGCGAGACCUUUAGCACCUUCCUCCUGGACCUCUUCAAGCUGACCAUCGGCAUGGGCGACCUGGAGAUGCUGAGUAGCACCAAGUACCCCGUGGUCUUCAUCAUCCUGCUGGUCACCUACAUCAUCCUCACCUUCGUGCUGCUUCUCAACAUGCUUAUCGCCCUCAUGGGAGAGACGGUGGGCCAGGUCUCCAAGGAGAGCAAGCACAUCUGGAAGCUGCAGUGGGCCACCACCAUCCUGGACAUCGAACGCUCUUUCCCCGUGUUCCUGAGGAAAGCCUUCCGCUCUGGUGAGAUGGUGACAGUGGGCAAGAGCUCGGAUGGCACUCCAGACCGCAGGUGGUGCUUCAGGUGAGUCAGGGCAGGCAGAGUAUAACCACCUUGCAAGAUUUAGCCCACAUUUUAUACCCAUU